AUGAAUCUCAAGCUCGUGUUCAAUUGGUUCUUUCAAAAACUAUCCGAUUACAAUCUUUUUAUACGGGAGGAAGACGACUAUGACGAUGAUGAUGAGAAUGAAAAUGCAAUCAGAGAUCCAGCAGUCAUCCUUCGACUUCAAAAGUAUAAAACUUGGUUAUAUGUGGUCGUUCUCUCAGUGUCGCUUGUAACACUAUUUUAUGUAACAAUUCUGAAAAUGCAUGCUGAACCAAUUAUUAUUCCAAAUAUUACACCUGAUGUAUACAAUCAACUCUACUUAAAACACGGGAAAAAGCUUUCAUGUUCAUGUACGAACAUUACUGUACCCUAUCAACAGUUCGUUUCGAAUAUAAUUAGCACUCAUCCGGUUUGUGAUAGUAUAUUCGUUAAUAUUCAUCACACUGAACUUAUCACUGCUUAUCUUCGUCAUGAACUCACAGUUCAAGAAGAAAUCCAUGGUACAAUCGAAUUUUUGAAGACUAGUGAAAUAAAUCGAUUUAUGAGCUUUUUGAAUUACUUGAGAACAAACAUAAAAGAACAACGAAUGGUUUCAGCACUCAAUACAAAUUAUAUAACUUUUAUUCAGCUAGACUCCACUGCACAUUCGUCAAUAUUCGCAUAUCAAAUAUAUGAUCCAACUAAAAACAACCAGAAUACGUCAUGUGAUCUAAAAAGUACAGUAAUUGCAGCUACUCUGAGUCCACUAUCAAUUGACGAUCGGGAUAUCCUUCGAAGAGUUCAGAUGAUCCCGUUACCAAAUUCUACAAUUGUCAACGGUUUUUUCACUGGAUUCAGAGCAUUCGAUGCAUUUCUUGCAAGUACACUGGAUUGCUUAUAUAGAGAAGAAUGUAUUCAACUUCUGCGCAGCUACUUUCCUCUUCUUCGUCAAAUGAAUGUCAGUUGGAAUGAUUCGAUUCUAUCUUCCAAACAUGAUAAUAUUUGUAUACUCACACAUUUAAAAAAGCUUUUUAUUAGCAAUUGGUCCAUCAAGAUAGAUUAUACUGAAUACUUUUAUCGAUGUUUCCCAUCGAUAUGUACAUAUAUACGAGCCGGUCAGGCCUCUCUAUCUUUAACAAUAACUCUUUUGAUUAGCCUUUACGGUGGUCUUGUGUUAAUCUUUCGAUUGGCAUCAUCAUUUUUUAUUGAUAUCGUAUUCAAAUUCAAACAUGAGUCGUUGAGAAGAAAACAUCGGCGAACGAAACUAUCGACUCUUCUUCGAAAACUGAAGCAACAAAAUUUAUUUAAGAACGUGAAUAAUCGGUCGGAGAGUUCUAUCAAAGAGCAACGACUUAUUAGCCGUACUUAUCUCACUUUAUUAAUCGGUGUAAUUUGCGCACUUAUCCUAUUUAUGUCGUUCAAUCGUGAAAUGGUGACAAUCACAGAACGAAAUCCAUCGUUACAAACAUAUAUCAAUUUAGAGCAAUCACAUUCUAUGAUACUUCGAUGUCCAUGUUCUGAAAGCGCAAUACUUUAUCAAAAAUUUCUCACAUUAUCUCCACGCCUUCAUCAAGUGUGCACAAGCACCUUCGUGGAAGAUAGUUGGAUUGAAUUACUGAUGUCCCUUACGGACUAUCGUUCUUUGAAGAAUUGGAGAAAUCGAGCGUCUUCGGAAUUUCGAAUGUUAUCUGACUUUUGUCAAUUGGCGAACAAGACGAUAAAUGAUGCUGUUAACCGAUAUCUUUCUCAAUUCUUCAUAACUUCCUCUAUACUCAGUAAAGGAGAUUUCGAGGAGCGAAUCAAUGCAAGUCUCAAGCAAUUCUAUCAAUCAACAUUUUACCACUUCAAUUCCAUGAAAAAUAUCGUACAUCUUCUCAUGCAGAUUGAUCAACCUUUUGUGAAAUCGAACUGGGCAACUGUUCAAACAGUCGACAAUGGAUUAGUGAUAGAAACUACGACAAACGAUCGUCGAGCAGCACAAAUUCACUUCGUACUCAAUGAAAUAUCGACCAUCAGUUCAAACAAGAUCAGUUGUGUUUGUGCUGUAAAUCCUAAAUGUCAAGCGCCAGCUAUGACUAACAUAGAUCAUCAGAAUUUUGGACCAUGGCUGAAUUUAAAUAUAACAGGUUGGGUCGAGGGCUGUUUUACUAUUGAUUCUAUUCUAUUUUCAUCACUCCAAUGUUUUUAUGUCGAAUCAAAUUGUUUUCAAUUCCUAUUAGCUACAUUAGGUCGUAAAGAGAUAAUACAUUCGAGAUUUGGUCGACUUUCACGUAGUUUUCGGCCUCUCGUUCACAAUUCAAUAACAAAACAUCCUCCCAACACAACAAUUUCGAUCAUUCUUGAUUCUCUGAUGCUUGAUCAAUGGAAUGCGUUGUUAUCAUACGAACGUUUCUACGAAACAUGUGCACCCAGCUUUUGUACAUAUUCUAUACAAAUGCGGAAAACCUUCGUCGAAGUAAUAACAGUAUUACUAUCCGUGAUUGGUGGAAUUGUUGUAUCGUUACGACUUUUGACGCCUCAUCUCGUCAAAAGUGUGGCUAAGCUUGCAACGUUAUGUUAUAAAAAGAAACGAACGACACUAGAACGAUUGCGCGAUUUUGGAAGUCAAAUCGAUCGAGCUACUGCUGUACGUUAUGGUCGAAUGGCAACUCGUGCUUAUCUUGCUUUAGUCAUUAGUACUAUUGCUAUUCUCGCCUUUCACACUAUUUUAGAAGCUCGAACUGUAACUAAGAUCUUUGAAAAUCCAUCGUUUAGCUUUUAUAAAAAGUUGAAACGGAUCUGUGGAAAUGAAUUGAAAUGUCCAUGUUCAGUAAUUGCAUCCACCUACGAUCAUUUUGUUGUUAUUGAACCGAAAUUUCAUCUGAUUUUUUCACGCGAGUUUAUAUCGGAUGAGUGGAUAGCCGGUAUUACAACUGGACUUGCUUCGAAUUUAUCGAUCUAUAGCAGAAAAGAUUAUCGUCGAUUUCUUUCUGCUCAUCUGUACUAUCUUCAAGGAUUAUGUCAUCUUUCGCAACAAUCAAUCGAGAAUUCAAUCAACCAGUUUCUUUCGUCAUUAUUAGUUACCAACGAACUUCUUUCUGCAGAAGUUUUUUCCACUCGUCUUGAUAUACUAAUUGAACAAACGAAACUAUAUGCUCCUAUUCUACUCGAACGUCUUCUCUUCUUAGUCCGCAAUGUCAAUCAUGCGAAUGCUUUCAUCUCGACAUAUGGAACAAAUUUUCAAUAUAUAUUCUUGGAGAAUACAGAUGAAUUACGGUAUGCUCCCAUUGUAGCGUUGACCUAUGACAAUGGGUGCUCAUGCGGAUUACAUGCAAAUUGUACAACUCAAGCAAAGUUCAUUGAAGCAGAUUCAGCAGCAGAGAUUUCAAUCAAGGGGUUAAAAAUGGGAUGCACACCUAGCGAAUCGUUACUACUUUCGACUCUCGAAUGUUUCUAUAGUCAAUCAUGUCUCGAUCGCAUUCAGCAGUUUACAAAGUAUAAACAUCCUAUUGUUCCACUUCCAGCACUAAGUAGUCGCUUUGCAAUCAACAACACCGUGCAUGAACUUCUCUCCGAUCUAUUUAUCGAAGAAUGGUCAAUAGACAAGAACUAUUCUUCAUAUUAUCAUGCAUGCUGGCCUCUCUUGUGCGCUCAUACUAGUAUUCAAAAAUUUAGCGUAUCGCGUACAGUACUUGUUUUCCUCGGUCUUCAAGGUGGUCUCUCCAUUGUUCUGAAUUGGGUUUGUCCAAAACUAAUUCGAAUCGGAAUGGCAAUCUAUCAAUAUCGAAAACGACGAACAAAUUCUGUUUCUCCUAGUAAUACAAAUGUGACUAAUAAUCAUUUAGAGGCAAUACCGACAAAUACAAUAUCUGAAACAACAUCGAUACAAAAGUUUUUCAAAAUAAUAAUAGCACAAAUACUGUUAAUUACGUUAGUAUUUGUUCUAACAACUGGUACCGUUUAUUUCAUGCGACGCGAAGGCUCGCCUAUGAAUGUGUUAACUAGUACAAAUUCAGAAACAACGACGAGUACAUCAAUGUCAAUAUCAUCAUUUGUACGGGGUUAG